AGUAAAUAAAAAAAAGAGAAAAAAAAAAAAUGAAGAAGAGUGUAGUUGGUUUUCCAACAACCAAACAGAAGCUAAAACGCCUAUCAUAAAUAGAGCAGAGAGAAGCACGUUGGGAGAAGGCUGAUCUUAGGCUCCACUUUCCUUUACAUUCACAUUCAAGGGAUAGAAGGGAAAGUAAAGGAAAAAAAAAAAGAGAAAGAGAAAAGAAAGAGAAAUGGUGGGACCAGUUAGGCCACAGUUCGUUCUCUUUGGAUCAUCCAUUGUCCAACUUAGUUUCAGCAAUGGUGGAUGGGGUGCUAUCCUUGCUGACGUCUAUGCUCGCAAAGCUGACAUACUUUUACGAGGAUAUUAUGGAUGGAAUUCACGGCGUGCCAUAGAGGUGCUCGAUCAUGUUUUCCCAAAGGAUGCUGCUACGCAGCCUUCUCUGAUAAUAACUUAUUUUGGCGGUAAUGAUUCAAUGGGGCCUCAUCCAUCUGGCCUUGGCCCUCAUGUUCCACUUCCUGAAUAUAUUGAAAACAUGAGGAAAAUAGUAAUUCAUCUUCAGAGCCUUUCAGAUUCAACGCGUCUCAUUUUUCUUACAUGUCCUCCUGUUGAUGAAGAUAGAGUAAAUAAGAACACAAGUGAAUUUUUAAGCCACCUUGUUCGAACAAAUGAGUUAUGCCAGAAAUAUGCAGAAGCUUGUGUAAAGCUGUGCCAGGAAUUGGAUGUGAAGGUGGUAGAUCUUUUUACUGCAUUUCAACGAAGAGAUAAUUGGACAACUGAUUGCUUCACUGAUGGAGUUCAUCUAUCUGCUGAGGGGAGCAAAAUAGUAGUGGCAGAGAUACUAAAAGUACUCAAAGAAGCUGAAUGGAAGCCAUCUCUACACUGGACAUCCAUGCCAACUGAAUUCUCAGAGGACUCACCUUAUGAUCUUGUUGCUGCUGAUGGGAAAACCACGUUGAAUCCAUCCGACUGGACAUUUCACCGAGCGAUUCAAUGGAACUAGACUGCAGAGUUCUCUUCAGGUUCAUGAACUCCAAAUCCCAUAGAAUUUAAAGCUGUCCACUUGAAACUGAAGGAGGAACAAAAAUUUGUAGAAAUGACUGAGCUAUAACAUUUUAUUACUAUGGUUGCUUCUUGCAGUUGAUUCUUGUAAAGUUUCUGUAUUAUAGUAAGUUGAAUACCUAUAUAAUAAGCCUAGAAACACCAAUUUCAAGCGCAGGCCUAAGAAUCUUUGAUUUGAGUUUCCAACUGGGAGAAAUUGUUAUUUUCUAAUUUUUCAUGUGACAGUUGAAUUCAAUCUCAUUAUGAUCUUAUUUGGGGACACGUCUCAUGUUCCUUCCUUGAAACACACUGUUCUUACAUUGUAAUAAACAGAGUUUUUAAACACUUCAGCAUAUCAU